AUGAUAGGUACCUUUCGUCGGAGUGUUUUCUCUUCGGAAGCAGCUCCCGCUUGUGUCAAUGAAUGCACGAGAACGCCACCUCGCGAGGGCAGUCUUUUCAAGCGAGUCCUCAAUAGAUCCGGCAAACCUGGUUCUUCAAACCCGACCGAUCCAACGUGCGAGUUGGGCGACGCCAGCAACGACAAUAUUGCACCGCAGCGGAGGCAUCGUAUGCCGCUUGAUGAAGAAAACCACAUUUUUACUCAGUUGGAAAGUGGAGAGUUUGGACAUAUCGCAACGUCGUUUUCUGACGAUCUCAUUCCGCAUAGCCACGGCUCCAAUGCAGCGACGCCUUCUACCGCAAUCAGCAAGACACAUGGAGAAGUGGCAUGUCCGUUCGAGGACGCCGAUCGGUUUCUCUGGACGAGACAGGAUUAAAAGAUCACUGAAUAUAGAUG